CAUAGCUACGGAGAAAGCGUCGCUCUUUCCUCCUCGGUCUCCAAGGAAGAUAACUCGUCCAAAACUAUCCCUCCCACGCCACGAACCCACUUGCAGUUUCGAAAAUGUCAUGUCAGCCCGCGGGGAACCGUUCAGGGGGUGUUCGGAUGAAGACUCGGCCGAGUUUUAACGCCGUCAGAGCGCCGAACGUCAGGGUUCAAGAUUAGUUAGCAUGCUAGGCGGCUAGCGGUCGCAUCAGGAAGAUUCCUGGCUGGACUGUCAGGAUUUGCGAUUCAGAAAUGGGCAAGUUACAGAGCAAGUUUCGCAAGAGGUCUGAGCUGUACAGGGCCUCAGAGGGUGAAAAGGCAGACGGCGCAUUAGACAGCCAGGUGGUUCAGUAUGAACCGGCCCAUCACGGCUCCGUCAACACCAUCACAAACCUCAGCGCCGAUCUGUGUGUUUCAGGAGGCACCGACCAGACGGUGGUGGUGUAUGACUGGAAACAAGGCCGCAUGUUUCAAUCCUUCCAGGGUCAUAACAGAGAGGUUACCAAGGUGGUGUGUUACCCGGGCAGCACUUGGAUCUUCAGUGCCUCACGGGACAAGACUGUCCUAAUGUGGGACUUGAACCAGGGGGAUGAGCCCAUUCAGGAGUUUUGCGGGCACCAGUUAGUGGUCAACGGGCUUGCAAUCAGCCCUGAUGGGAGGAAACUGUGCACCGGUUCCCGCGACAACUGCAUGUGCCUGUGGGACAUUGAAUCUGCAAAAUGCGAGCAGAGACACAACAUUUCCAGAAACCUGGUGACUCACGUGUGUUGGGUGCCAGGCAGCUCCUCUGUCGUCCAAACGUCGGAGGACAAAACCAUACGAGUAUGGGACAGCCGAGCGUGGCAGGUGACCAACACAUUUCCGGCCAAGCAAUACAUCCAGACCCACUGUGACGUUUCUGACAAUGGAAAUUACCUGGUGUCCAGCAGCAACGGUUGUGGUGGCCAAGGCUGCGAGGCCACGCUGUGGGAUCUGCGUCAGCCAGGCUGCAAGGUGGUUGAGUACCGCGGCCACCUGCAGACCACCGCAUGCUGCGUCUUCCUGCCUGUGCCACCAGGGGGCAGUGGCACCGCUCUAGUGGCCACAUCAUCCCAUGACAGCUCUGUCAAAGUGUGGGACCAGAACUCAGCAGUGUGUUUAGCCACGUUGUUGCUCGACGGCGCCGGUCCUCUGGUGUCAUUGGCGCCCAGCGAUGCCUCCAAUGUGCUCUGCGCCAGCUUCAACAGUGGAAUUCAUCAUGUCCAGCUUCUUCAAACACCAGGGGCGGCUUCAGGAGCAGCUACCGGUACUGACAUUAGAGUGCUGUCCCGCUUCUAAAAGGUACAAUUUUUUAUGUAAAUGUGCUUCCAAAAUCAUCAAACCAUCAUCACACGCGAUGUCAGCAAGUCUUGUGGCACUUCAGAUCUCAGUGAGCAGUCACAGGACCGAAGUGUUUGUAUAACCAUGGAACAGGAACAGCAAGUUGACAAACAUACAAGAAUAAUAGGAUUAUAAAAUUUAAGUUCACAGUCUUCCUUUUAAAAGAAAAUACGUAACAUUAUGUUGGCAUUGACAUUCCUUGCCAUCCUACAAAAAUGCAAGUACUGUACCUCCAAAUUCUUUUUUUUCCAACAAAAUGUUUUUGGAGGAGAUGACAACAAAAAUACAAAAUAUUUGUGCUUUUUGUGGAAUUACCAAAAAAUGAAUCAAUUAAGGAAAAUCUAUUUUUGGUGGUAUUUCAAAUGAAACAACUUGGAUAUGGAAUCUUUUAUCCUGCGCAGUGAUUUACCUUGAGAGCAUUCAUUUUGACAUGUUGACAACCUGGAAGUCACAAUGUGUCGCAGAACUUUUGUGUUCCACUUUUUUUUUUUUAAUUGCAAGACUUUCAACUUUUUGGAAAUUUUAUGGUGCAAAAAGGGAUUGAAUAAAGAGGAUUCACCCUUCAGUCAUUUUGAAUAGACAGUCACAGGGAAUUGGAGCCUAUUCAUCACAGGACAAUUGUGAAUCGAGACCUUGAAUCAAGCUAUGGGAACCGCUAUGCGACCAAUGACCCAGUUUGGUAGACUUGAUUGUUGAAAACGUGUUUUCUUUUUGGAGGAUUCUGCACUUGUCAUCACACUGAAGCCAAAUAGAAUAUUUUUGUAGACACACAGAAUUGUGUUGAAUAUCAUCCAAUUUUUUCAGAUGAACAGAUUUAGAAAAUAAAGCUGUAGAGCUAACUAUGCAAUAACUAAUGACAUUUAUAGAAAAACAUAAUUAGAAUGUAAAAUAUAGAGUGUAAAUGAUUGCAAAAUGCAAAAUAAAACUGUUUUCAACAUGCCACCAUACUGUUUGAUUGACCGUAAAUAAACUCAUGCCUGUUAA